GACGUCAUUCUUGAUACAGCUGCCAUUUUAGAUAAAGUGACAGUGUGUGUGAUAAAAAGUGCAAAUUAAGUUAUUUUCGUGAAUUAAUAUGUUCCUUGCCAUCAUGGCCAAUUAUGCUGAACGGUAACUGCAAAUCGAACACAAGACACGAUUCCAAAUGUUUUUGGCCGUGAUGGCCGCGUAUAUUUGUUGGUUUUAGUUCAAGACAUCUACCAUAUCACACGACUACAAAUGCCUAGUGAACAACCGAAGGACGCGGGGGUGGUGGCGGGAGGCGUGUCUCGACCGCUGCGGUCCAGCCUCCUUCAGAAACAGCCCGAAAUAGAGGAGGUGGAUGAGGAGAACUCGAGUCCCGGAUCUGACCAAUCAGACACCACCAUCACUGCAGGCACAGACACCCAAGUUGUGGAGGGCGAUUCACCAGAAAAUGGCUGCACCCCUGAUCUCAAUUCUAUCCCCAUAUUGCAGGACAAAAAUAACCAUAUCUCACCCAAGUUAAAGCAGCUGACACGAAGUGAGGCACUGUGUGACGACUGUGCGUCCCCGCCACUGCACGAGACACACCCGUCUCUGCACGAGACACACCCGUCACUGCACGAGACACACCCGUCACUGCACGAGACACAGAAUCUCAAGAGCACUGCGAGCACAUGUAGCUCGGACUCCAGCUCAAGUGGCAUUGGCACAAAGUCCUCAUUUACUUCAGGUUCUAUGUCGGGCAGCUCAUUUCAUGGGAAGUUGGAGAAGAGUGGAUCUCAAAGUUCAGAGGCGGGCACUUCCUCAAGUCUAUCUAGAGACUCGAGUGUAGACACGCCGUACAAAGACUCGACGGGUAUCGAUCUAGAAGACUUUAUAAAGAAGACUCUGAACAAGACGCCCAAGGACAGGAGUAUGCUCAUCAAGCUUGAAGUCGAUCUCAUUAAGUUCAUCAGAGAACCAAAACACCACUACCUGAAGUUUCAGCAGAUGUCGUCGUACGAUCGCAUGCUAGUACACCGAAUAGCUGCCUUCUUUGGUCUUGAUCACAACGUAGACCAGACGGGAAAGUGCGUCAUAGUGAACAAAACUGCAAAUACCAGAAUUCCUGACUUUUCAUUCCAAGAACACAUAACUAAGGGAGACGACUCCAAGCCCAUGAUGCUGCUAAAGCGCGGAGUUAACAGCUUCGAUGACAGCAUGUCUCGUGGUCUUCAGAAGCCCAAUAUGGCCCAGAUGAACAAGGCUAAGUCGUUAGAAGAGCGGCAACAGAACUACGUGGAAGUGAGGAACAGAAUCUUUCUGGAUGACGAGGGCGCUACUGAGGGAUCACAACCCAUAGGGUAUUCACAGGAAGAUGCGAAAAUAACUGGUAUAAUUAAAUGCGAGCGGCCACAAUUGUUAGACAGCAUCAAAGAUGGGACCUCGUCUUGGAGUGGAUACGAUGUGGACAUGGCAGGAAAGUCCAACAGAAUCCUUGUUCCGAAGGCCAACAGUUUUGGGGGCAUGCAGACGUUCAUGUUUCCGAUGCGCUCACCCAUGCGUGGAGGAAGCCUUUCAAAAGCUGACUCGAUGAGCAUGCAAAUGGGGUUGCAACCCCUGCGGCCGAUGCUGCUAUCGUCACCUUCGUGUAGUCAGUCAGACGUCUCUUCUGUGUCCGGCAGUGCCGCGUCUGGUUACGGUCACGCCACUCCUCAGCUGGGGUCGGUGCCAGCGCCAGGUCAGAGGGUGUACUGGGUGGCGUCAGACUUGAACUCUAUACCUGCUGGCAGCGUCCUGAUCAACCCCCAAACAGGUGAACCGCUACAGCUGGACACUAGCGAGCACACAUGCCAGCCCUACAUGAACCCCGAUGGCUCGAUGCACAAGUACAUGCCAGGUCAGCCCCUACCACAGCAACAAGGGGCAACAACUCCCUCUCCCCAACCUCAGACGUUUGGAGUGGCUCAAGACUGGACAAUUCAGGACUCUCAGAACGGUGAUCUGUGUCAGCAGAUGUCGAUGGUGAAUGUGACCCCCCAGACGUCCCUGGAUGGCGCAGGGAGUGGGGACGGGGUUAUGGUCAUGUCACAGCAGCCUGCAGGCUACACCCACAGCCACCAGCAAAUGGCAGUACCAGCCCAGCAGACUUUGUAUUAUCAGAGCUCGCCAUGCCAGCAACCCGUGCGGUACAUGUGCAGUAUGAACUACUGCCCCCAAGGUCACCAACACCAGUCGGGCUUUGGGCCUGGCCCAGGGGUGGUGCCCGUUGAUAGUGGAAGUCAGGGGGUCACACAGGGUCACGCCCACCAACAACAGUACUGUCCCCAACAGUACGUGCAACAAGGUUUCCAUGGUAACCAAUCCAUGUACUCGUUGACUUCACCCAAUCAGUGUCAGAACCCCACUUUAAGUGGGUCCCAAAGUUGUGAUUAUCAGUGCGCGUACAAUGUGACAAGCCCUGUGGAAGGGAGUGGCAAUGUGAACUUAAAUGCGGGCGGAUUUAGCUACCCAGUAACUUAUGGUGGUCAGCAACAGCAGAGUUUUGUGAGUGGCGUGCAUCACCAGCCUGCGCCGAUGUUUUACACGUAUCAAAACAACCAGCAAUCAAACAUGGCGGGAAUGGCCCCUUCGUAUAUGUACGGGGCCCCCCAGGGGGCAAUGUAUGCCAGCUCUAGUCCUCCCACCGAGAACAAUCAGUCUUCAGCUACAUCAGCAGCAAACGUGCCACAACAACAGCCGCAGCAGCUAUCUGGGAACCCGAUGAACAAUAUUGUAACUACGCAUGCGGCGCUUCCUCUGAAUUCUAUGAACUCAGUGAAUGUAGCGCCCCAGCAAGGAGGGGGUAUAGUUGGUCAUGGCCUAGGUCAAGGUCAGGGGCAGACUAUGACUAUAGCGAGUGUGAAUCCUGGGGUGACCUCCCCAGGGGGUCAAUAUGUGAGCUUCCCUUCAGUGCACAAUCCCUCACAGCAGUACCAUCAAGGACAAUCAUUCUCGGGUGGUCAACUGCGUGCCGUCGCCCCGCAGUUUGUUCCCAUGGCAGCGGGUCAUAGCGGUCUACAAAUGGGGGCCAUGUCGCCGAUGGUGCAGCAACCAUUUCAUCAGGUCUACAGGCUGAAUAUGCAAAACCCUAUGCAUUUCUCACAAUGGCAAUGUGGGCAGUCGAACCCGCAGUCUUUAGUUCUUUCAGCGCAGGCUGUGAAUCGGUCGCCCGGGCAUCUAGGCUCGGGGCCAGGUCAUGUGACGGUCAGCGCCAAGGGUCUUCAGUCCGAGGGAAAGCCCGACAGUGGGGCACUUGAGGGUGGGGAUGGUAACAACCCUGGGGAGACAGGACAUGGGUAUGGACCUGUGAAUCACAAUACAGGUGACCCUCACCCUCAAUUCCACCAAGGUCAGCGAUUGGCUAAUCAACAGGCUACACUCCAGUCACAACUGAAUACUAGAAGUAGUCCAAACUCAGUGAAAACGUGGAAAUCUAAAUCCAACACCAGCAUAGACAGUUCAACAUCUGACGGAAGUAACAGUAAUGUGGCCAUGGGUAGGUUAUGAUCCUCACUAUGGAACAAUGUGAAGGACAUAUUCCACCACCAAACAAGCAUGGCAGACACUACCCUGCCAACACAGCACCCUUCCAGAAAACGCCUGGUCUCAAAUGGAGCCAGAAGCAAGCCUGACCCUCUGACGGCAACCCCUCCCCACCCUCCAUCCCUUUUUAGGGCAGUGUCUGGGACUUUAAAAUGGCUUCCCUCCCAACCAUCACAAUGCUUAGUGUAAAACGGUCAAUCCUUUUAAUUCUUUGUGAAAAAAAACUUUGUGACUCUGUUAUGUUGAUGUCUUGCAAAAUUGAAAUCUUGUAAAAUGGUAAAUAUUGGUUCAAUAUUUUAAGUUGUGCUCUUCUGCUAACAGCAAUUUGUAGAUUUUAAACUGGAACUUUGAUCUGAAAUGCUUACUUGACUAAUAUUUCAGACUUUCAUGGAAAGCUUUUUAAAAACUUACUUUAAAGCAAUUUGAUCUGAUUUUGUUUUUCAUUAACUACCAGAUAAGAUUUGCAGGAGGAUCUGUUUUGAAAACCGACCGUUUAGCAAACUUUACAAUAAGGGUGUAAUCAAGUGAUAGUUAACAUGGCGACGUACAUGCCUUGACCAUUUUUUAAUUACGCUCACUUUCUAGCCACAUCAGUCAGAAAGUGAUAAGGGUUUAUCUCAUAUUAUAUCUCGACUUAACUUGCUGCAAAUUUUCUUAAUGGCGAUGUAAUUAGGUCAUCUCACUAAGAACAUUUCCAGCAAGGAAAGUCAAGAUAUAAAAAGAAUGUUAAUAUGCUUUCUUUCUAAAAUGGCUGGAAAAUGAACGUCAUUAAAAAAUUAAACAAAAGAAAUAAGGGGUUUUAAAUGGUGAAAAAAAUCUCGGCACGGAUGUCGCCGUCUCGACUAUGGUGUGAUUACUCCCUCUGAACGAUGCUAACAAAAUAAUUGUGAAGUCCAACAAUUAUCAGCUGCCAUGUCACAGUUGCAUCAUCAAUUCUUGAUAAUUGCUGGUCUUAAGUUGGUUUCUGCUUGUGGUGAACAAGGCCCUAGUUUGUUCACUUGUUUUUUUGCAAAUGUUCGUGUCCCACAAGUGAGGAAAUGAGCACGUUCUGGUAAAACUGGGCUUAAAACAUGUGCUUAAAGUGACUUUUCACAGAUUUUGGCAUGUUUUGAAGUUUGUCAUUAAAUACUUUUAAUUGGUUAAUGUAAACAUUGGAACUAAAUAUAUUGGGUAAAAAACUAGAAUAAAAUCAGGGCUAUAGAUAACAAGCGUACUUGCGUUAUUAUGCAAUUAAAAUAACCAUAAACGUAAUUAAAUUCAAAAUUAAGUUACAAAAACGCAAAUACAAUUUUAAUAACGUAAUUCCAGUAAAAAACCUUGCAUCACGAAAUGCAAUUCUUACGAACACCUGGCGUAUUUUUUAGACUUGUUAUUUUUGGUACAAAAAUGUAUUGGAUAGUUUAUAUGCCGUCCUAUGAAGAAAAGAAGGCAGUCUUUUCCAGCGGUUAUCAAUCUUUGGGGUAUUAUUGUUAUUAUUUGUAGACCCGUCCGAUUUCUACUUUCAUUUUCAAGGUAUUCAACUCAAAAUGACUGAAAAACGGGGUGCAUCGCUUUGCACAGCCAUAACUUCAUCAAUUGUACAGCGUUUUUCACAAACUCAGUCUUAUUCAACGCAAAAAUGAAUUAACUUUGAUCAGAAAUUCAGUAAUUGUUUGUUGUAAUGUACAGGUACCUUUUUGAAUUCCAUUUGUAUAAAUAAUAUAGUAACCUUAGUAAUAUAGUAGAUUUUUAUUAUAUUAUAUAUGUCAUAAUACAUUCCCUAAAUUACCCAAUUGAGUUAAAAACCGGAGGUGGAAAACCCAAUUAAGCUCAAAAGUAGGGGGUGAAAAUUUUUGCUAAAACUCUAUUGAGUUUACAGAAAAACAUUGUCAAAAACAGGGGUGCAUCACCCAAUAUACCCCAAAAGUUAUCUAUAGCCCUGUAAAAUUUAAGUAAGAAAAAAAGUUAUCAACAACUGGGCUCAAACCACUCACCUUUGGAGUUACAGUUUAUCGCUGAAACCACUUGGCUAUUCAUGCUCAUAUAUUUUAUAUAGUGAUGUAUUUUUAUCUUAUAAAAGCAACCAUUGGCAUGUAAAAAAAAAUAUAGAUAACAACAGAACUCUCCAAAUUAUUAAAUUAUUUAAGCGUUUGUAAUGCUUUAUAAUUUUCAGAUUUUUUAAUCGUCAAAAGAUUCAUAUAAUGAAAAUUUUAGAGCAUGGCUAAUGUUCAGUAUUACUGUUUCCUUGCAAAUAUUAAUUUUUAUGCCCCCGAAUCGAAUGAUCAGGGGUAUAUUGUUUUUAGCCUGUCUGUCUGUCUGUCAUUCGUCAUUCUGUCACCAAAACUUUAACCUUGCAUUAUUGUUUUGCAAUAACUUUUGAAAUUUGAACAUAGCAACUUCAUAUUCGGCAUGCAUGUGUAUCUUAUGGAGCUGCACAUUUUGAGUGGUGAAAGGUCAAGGUAAUCCUUCAAAGUCAAAGGUUAAAAAAAAAGCGGCGCAUUAGGGGGCAUUGUGUUUCUGACAAACACAUCUCUUGUUUUUUUCAAUUUUGUCUAUUUACCAAAACAUGAAAAGGUUCCUUUUAAGUGUCAUCUCAAAUUGGUUUUUGCAAUCUGCACAGGCAAAUCAGUGGCCACACUUAAAUUUGCCUUUAUGGUACUCUUUCGUUAAAAAAAGUAUCUUUAAAAAAAAAAAUCUACCUCAGGCAUGUCAUCGCUGCUUAUAAGUCUGUGGGGACGGAAGGCUAUUCAUGGAUAACACUUUGCACACAUGAAUUAACCCUUUCCCCCAUCAGAAGCAAAGUGCUUUUGCAACCAGCAUGAAACCAGAACAGCCUGUGAUUAACUCGCAGUCUGUUCAGGUUUUAUGCUGUUUGCUGCUAAUCAUUCACUGAGGGUUGGAAAUGGUGCCUUUAAAACUUGAAUUUGUAAAGAAAGGUAUUUAUUUAAAUGUAACACUAGAAAUGCGUCAAAAUACAAAUACGUAUCUAAAAGUGGUUAAUGGUUAAGCUCAAUUUUCCCAGAACAAGGCGCUUAUAAUCUGUGUCUUUUUCAGCAGGGUAUCUAGUCCCUUGUCUUCACAGACAUGUGCCGUUUCAUCUUAAUUACACAUGUGUUAUGUGAAACAAAAUAAUGUCAGUACAUUUUCCUAUUUUAUUAAGAUACUAGUGUCAUCACUUAAAGAUUAUGAACCUUACUUGACAGAAAUGUUGUACAGAUUAUGUCGUAGAAUUAUGUGCAAAAACUUUAUAACUGAACAUUUGCACGCGUCUCUCAGAAUGGUUGUUAAAUUGUUUGUUAUCAAGUGCAGUUAAGAGAUAGGCUGUUCAAUUUUAUAUAUAUAUAUAUAUUUACUCAACCGUACCAUUGCUGUACAUUUUAUUGAGUGUUUUAACGUUAUUGCAAUUUAUUUUGUGUAGAAAAUCUGGAGAACAUACAAACAAUUCGGGUCAUAACAUAUCAACUAACGUUCUCCAUUUGCAUAUGUGUAAUAUAUUUACUUUAGUGAUGUACACAUUAUAACGUUCAGGCAAAUGGCAAGUGUUAAUUUUUUAGAACGCUUAUAGAAAUUAUUUUGCUACAAAAACUUGAAACAAAUGACUUGUAUUAUUUCUACUUAAUGUUAAGUAGGAUUUUAUUAUGUUUACAUCUGCAAUGUUUACCUUUCACAGAUAUACACACCAGUGGUGUAAUUUCCAAAAGAACAACACUUUACGAGCCUACAUUUAGCCCAGUUUUCCCACAUCGAGGCUCAAUUUGUUUCAAUAAUGCUUACAAUUUUUUUCACUUUUGUGUUCACUAAAACUCAUUUCAUGUGUACAUUUAUUUAUGGAAAAGCCAAGUUAUACCAAGUGCUUCAGUAUAGGAAUGGAUUAUACAUUUUGAAUGGAAGAAAUAAUGGGUGCAAUUAAUUUCUUCCUCAGAUGUGCAAUUUUAUGUUUUGUUUAUUUUUCAUUUCCAUUCCUGUUCACAAAAAAAAUAUAAAGAAUACAAUGGUAGUGUUAUUGUGAACUUCAAUUUAUCAGAUGAGUUGAAGAAAGGUGUACACGGCAAGGCUUGAUAUUCAUCCUGCAAUAUUAAAAAAAAUCUUUGGUGAGACAAUCCAAAUAUAAGUGUUUAAUUUUUAAAAUGCAAAAGCCAUAACAUAAAUGGUUUACUGAACCUUGCUUAGUAAUUAAAACUUUAUUUUUGAUAUCUGUCCCAGUUUCGUUAUGAGAAAAACUCCUCAAUAAUUGAAUGAGAAAGUCAAAAGGGGAAAUAUUGCUAUAUGCUUGCAUUAAAAUUUAUGCAGCAUUCCCAAUUUUACAAAUAAUUUAUAUGUUUGUUAAAGCAUAAAAUCUUGUUUCUCCUGAGCAAAAGACCAAAAACAAAGAUGGCUGCAAUUUUAAAUGGACAAAACUGUUUGCCCAAUGUCAAACAAUAUUAACAUCUCUUCUUUGACUCCCUUUUUAGUAACUGGCAUAUAGAAAUCAAACCUAUACUGGCGUAUAAUCAAUCGUCUUCAAGCUGUAAUUGUAUUUGACCAUUUACCGCAAGUUAUAGAAGAACAAGAAGUCAUCUGUAUACAUGAACAAGCAAUUUAAAGUCUGGUGGAUAUAUUAAGCACAAGUUUACAUGACACACAGGUUUGUUUUCUAUAAUUUAAUUUAACUGUAGGAUUAAAGAAAAUUCCAGAAACACUAUCAGGAGAGAAAUCAUUUUACAAUCAUCAAGACUAGUAUAUAAAGCAAGUAAUGUAAGCCUUAUACUGUCCAAAGUUAGACAUAUGUAUGAUAAAUAUUAUUGGUAAAUUACUUGACAAAUAACGGUGAUGUAAACAUUUUUGUUUAGGAAAAGGUACAUUAAAUAAGUCACUGCUUAAUAUUAUGAAAUUUAAUUACUUUGUGUAUGCUCAAACACGUUUGAUAUUAUAGUGCGAACCAGUAAAUGGCAAAGUGUUUUCUUUUAGUAAAACAAAAAGUGUAAACCAUCUAUGUUCCAUCCAUGUUCUUGCUGUGUUGAUAUUAUUGUUUGAAAAAUGAUUUAUUUGUACAUGAAUUUAUUACAUGUUCACAGCAAUGAAGUCAUGUUAGUUUAAUUUUAGAUGGUACAAUAGUUGAUCAGUUGUUGGUAGCGAAAUGCUGUAAAACAUUGUACCAAAUAUGUGUCCCAAAGAGUUUAUGUUUAUUUUAUAAUUUAACUAAAAUAUUUUAAAUUUAUACUGUUUUUCUUUUCUUAACUGACUAUUUUAAGUCUAUUGAUUAUAAAAAUAUGGUACAUGCAAAAAAAAAUGCAGCAAGGCAAACGAAGCUCCAGCCCAGCCUGCGCAUCUGCUCAGUUUAGCCUGUCCACUAUUGAGCCCACAAAACCAUCCAUGACUUUUUAGCCGACAGAAUAUCUCCUGAUCAGAAUGCGUGCUUGCCGCAUAUUGCUUAAGACACAUUUUUGCAUUAUGGGACUAAAAUAAUACUACACUUGUAGAAGUUUUUUUUUUUAAUCUAUGACUCUGUAACAGUUUGUCAUAAACUGUAUUAUGAAUUAUUGUUGGAGUCUACUUGCUAAAGUGUGUAUUGUGAAUUUCAUGAAGUCCAUAAAUACACAUGCUUGUGUUUUUUGUUCAGUGCAAUAUGACUUUUGUUUACCGUCACUGAUAUAAGUUAAUUUUUUUAUGUUUUGAUACCUUGUUAACGAAAGUGAGUCAUAGCAAUUCUUGGUGCAUCGAACAUUUUGUAUGUGUGAAGUUUUAUAUCGAUCAAGUGUUAAGUUUGGACGUGGUAUAAAUAAAUAUUCCUUACAGAGUAUGUAUUGUUGAUAAAUGGUGUUAAUUGUUAUAUUUUCAAAGUACACGAUUGCUAUUUUGCCAUUAUUUUCGUAGUGUGCUUAUUAUUGACACCAGCUGACAAACAAAAUCAUCAGGGUUUUAGAUUAUUGUUAAAUAUAAAAAGUUGCCUUUAAAUUCUCUUAACUAUAUUGAGCAUUUACUGUUUUAAGGGAUUUACACAUGCUCUUAUUCACAUCCAUGUCUCUAGAAUGAAUACACAUGGAAUAUUACAUGACUGUGGUGUUUCGAUUGGUUUUAUCACACCAGUUGAUUGUAGAAACAAUGCUUUUCAGAAGUGGCAACACAAGUGAAAUUCAAUUUCACACAUCUAGUAGGAUACAAAACCAUAUCGCAAGUCGAGCAACAAAUGAUGUAUAAACUCUAAACAUAACAUUAUAUUGAACUACAUGAAUGUUUAAAUACUAUCACGACGUCAUAAUGAUGUGCAUAUUAAUUAGGUCAGUUAUAAGUCAAGUUUUUCAAUUAGAACAUAUUUUUGCGAUGAGAUAUGGAAUUAGUAUAAGGUCUUGGAUUUGAUAUCAAAAGUGCACCAGUAUUUCAGUAAGAUGAUCUAUAGGUAUUUUAAUAUUAUAAUAUUAUUCUAGGUAUCUCUUUGCCCCAAAAAGAUCAAUACUAUUCAAUUGAAUUUUGAAUCCUGUGGUAUUAAUAUAUAUCUGGACAUUGUUUCAAAUAUUAAUCAAUUGUAGCAAAACUGCACAAUUUUGGCGAUAAAAUUUUUACAAUUUUUGUUGGGUCUCAAUAAACAAUAUUUCGAUUUUGUAUGAGAUGAUAUCUUUUGCUUUGCGUAAACCUUUAUAAUUUUCGGUUAUUCAUUUCUUUUGAACAUCUCACCUCACCUACUGGCUAUAUUCUGGUAUAAGACAAAACUCUUUUAAAAACAUGCAUGGAUGAUUUCAUAUCUCCAAUAUUUAUUACACUUGUACUUUUGAUAGAUAAUUAUCAUUUGUUGAUUUUAUAUAAGUUGUUCGAAGUUACUUGUCAGUGUCUUUGAUGGAUUCCCCAAGAAUUGGGUGUUCUUGUCACUGGGAAAAUCGCUGCGAUUCAGCCCCAAGCAUGAUUUUGUCACUGGGGUCAUCGCUUUUCCUAUGUGUAAAUUAACUGUGCAACUUUCUACCAAACUUUGCCAAACGUGUUGUUUAUUUUGUUGCUCAAGUGUUUUGUAUUGUAUGAAUAUGGUUAGAAUGUACAAGAACUAUUGCGUAACUGUCAGUGACAAUUUGUCUUCAACUGCACAUGAUUUGUCGAAAAGUGUUUUACGGUUUGUACAUUUUUAGAGCAACUUUUAAAAUUGCAGAUGUUAAAGAAAUCUAAUAUAAAGCGAGAAUAAGAAAAUAUACUACCGAGCUUAAAUACCAUUUUCAGUUUUUAAAAUGUAUUGUUUGUAUUUAUGUACUUUUCUCUCGAAAUACCGUCUUAAAUUGAAGUUUGUUUCUAGAUAUAUUUCAUAUCAUACUGUUCACAGCGAUGAAACUUUGCAUCCAUGAUGUAUUUUUAGUUGUGAACAUAAUGUGUUAACUGUUGAUAUAUGAAAAAUUAUGUUCAUAGCGAUUUUAUCUUCUGUUGUUUUCAAACCCGUGUCAUUUGCCAGUGCCCACUAUACACACAACUAGAAACACCGCCUGUGUUGCGAGGGGCGAAUCCGAUAUGAGAUAUAUGCAGAUCGAAAUAAAGCGUGAUGCACG